CAAAUUUUUACAGGCAUGGCAGGUGCGAGCUCGCAAGUUUUUUUCGAGGGUACAGAGAAACUGCUAGAAGUGUGGUUUAGCAGUGACAGCGAAAGCCCAGAUCUUCGGGAUGUUAAACAAGAAGAGUGGGAGAAAUUGCUGCGGAUUGUUCGAUGUGAGAUCAUUAGCAAAACCAGCAAUGCUGACAUGGAUGCAUAUGUCCUCAGUGAGAGCAGCAUGUUUGUGACAAAGUCUCGCUUUAUUCUGAAGACGUGUGGUCGGACCACCUUACUGUUGGCGGUAGAACCUCUGAUACAGCUGGUCAAGGAACAGUGUGGAUUCAGCAAAGUCCUGGAUGUGUUCUACUCAAGGAAGAAGUUUGCCAAACCAGAACAACAGCACAGUAUUCAUCAGAGCUUUGAUGAGGAAGUCAGUCACCUAGAUAAGCUGUUCAAAAGUCAUUUUCAUCUGGCAGGGAUCUAUAGUGUUCCGGAUUGGUAUGAUGGGGCAGCGUACACAUUGGGUAGAAUUAACAAGGACUGUUGGCACCUGUACACCAUGGAUGCUGUAGGAGUUAUGGAACCUGACCAAACAGUGGAACUUCUAAUGUGGGAAAUGUGUCCAGACACGAUGCAGAUAUUUACCAAAAAAGUGUGUAAAGAUGGACCAGAGGCAACCAAGAAAUCAGGAAUUUGUGACAUAAUUCCGGGCGUCCAGAUUGACGACUUCCUGUUUGAUCCAUGUGGGUACUCCAUGAAUGGUCUUCUGCCAGGGGGUUAUUACAUCACUAUCCAUGUCACACCAGAGCCUCACUGUUCCUAUGUCAGCUUUGAGAGUAAUGUUCCACAGGAAAACUACAUGGAACUAAUGGAGAAAGUGUUGAAUACGUUCAAGCCUAGCAAGUUCUUGAUGACUGUUUUUGCAAAUAAGGAGUCUAUUGCUAAAGACAAUCACAAGCAGCUGGAGAACAAGGAACUGGUUCCCGGUUACACACGGGCCGACCACCAGUUCUGUACCUUCAAGAACUACAAUCUGACCUACUCGCACUUCACUCGCCCCAUCAUCUAGGGAAUGGGGGCCGGGGGUGAGGGGCAUGGAUGCUGGUGUACCCUGACCUUACAACCCCCGCUUUCCUGGUUCAAGGCCGUUUGUUUUUCUAAUAUUGUAUUUUUUUUGGCCUUGAACUCUAUCAUAUACAUUGUGUUUCUUUGGAUUUCACAUCGUACUGCUUUGAAAUUUAGACUUAGAUUUUCAUUCUUUUCUCAUAAACCUAGAUAAAUGGCCUUUCAUUCUUGAAACUAAAAGGUUUUUUUCCUUGAGUAGAAUAGAGUUAUGUUUUAAUUUAUUGGGGAUUGUCUAUCAAAAUGUAGACUAAUGGGUGAAUAUAUCUAACACUGCAUGUACAUGAAAAUACAAAGGAAUUUGAAAUUUGGUGGAAAAAGUCUAUACAAAAUGUUGUCAUUCAAUUUUGUUUGUGAUAAAGUUUUAUUUGUGCCAUGUUAUUGUAUCCUGAAUUUUUAAAAGAAGUUUUAUAGUAUUUUAUCUUAGAUUACUUAUAGGAAAUUACAUGUUUGAUACCAGAAAAGACUAUUACUCUAUUUAUGUAUAUUGAUGAAAUUAAGAAUGAUUGAUAUUAAAAUGUUAAAUUAAAACUCAUUAAUGUUUUAUUGUCAUAUCUAAAUAGCAUGCAGAAACAAAAUAAAUUGCUUUUUAGCAGCUUCAUUUGCUUAUAGUGUUGAUUAAUGUUUUAAUACAUGGUUAGAAUCGACUUGACAUGUUGUAAUGGAGCCUAGAGCUUUAAAGCUGACACGUACUUUAGUAAUCAUUUAUGGUUUUUUACUUGCAUGCUAAAUGCAAAAUAAACGAAAAUAGAAUAAAUCCAAUCAUUAAAACAAUAGAUAUAAGAUCGUUUUAUAAAUUAAAAUUUGUGGGCGUGGCCUAAUUUGUAGAGCCUAUACAAAGUUGUGAUUUUUGAGAAUUUUGCAACGGCAUGCUUUUUUCAUAUAAUUGCCUGGUAUUUUUUAAAAUGAAUGUUUAAACUGCUAAAUUGUUUUUUUAAUUGUUUGUGUAUUUAUUAAUUUUGUUGCAUCAUUUUUCAAUGUUUUGAUACAUUGUAUUACUUAAAUAAUUUGAUUCUGAUUAUCAACUGUUCAUUUCAUUAAAAAGAAAUCGAAAACAAGAGUAGGCGGACAUACCAAAGAGAUAGAUUUGUAACAUUUUGAAAAAUCUUUUGAUCAAUUUUUUUCUUUACUCUCUCAUUUCAUUAUUUCCAUAUGACUAAAAUAUUAACCUUCUUUGCUUAUCUUUUACUUAUAAAUUAGCUAGAAAAGCG